AUGCCGUAUAACGCACGGGCCCUGGAACCACCCGUUCAGGCGGAAACUGCAGAUGUCAAGUCCAUUAGGCGGUAUCACGAGUGCUUACGGGUACAAUCAGUAGAUCUGGACUUGGCUUUUAAGCGCCUUGAGUGCUCUAGGCUCGAGCUUCCAGAUUCAUUGAAAAACGCGAACUUUGCUGCGGAUGUGGGCUGGGACAAGGAGCUCUGCGAGGCAGACGGUCUUCUGACAUGCAGAGUACAUAACCCAACGAGCGCAACCUAUGAAGUGUCUGUCACCAAUAUCCCAGUUGGUCCGCGCGAUUCUCGAAGUUCUGCUUACGACAAGGACGCAUCACCACAUAACGAAGUGAUUAUAAUUCGGCGUCAGUACCACCGGCAAAAGUUGGACUUAAAGGAGCAGUGCGCAUAA